CGUUUAAUUUAUGUUUCGAAGUUUAUCUCAAAGUUUUUGUCGCGUGUUUAUGUUAUAAACAAUGAACUGUCAUCCGUCACCACUCUGACGAGGAAGGUGUGGGGUCUGAAGCAGAGCGAGCUGGUUGAGGUGGAGUCACAUUGUGGCGGAGGUUCAGCUGCGACAGGAGACUGGAUCUGGGGUUUCAAGGCUGUCAUUUGGUUGGAUCAGGGAGGGAACCAGGAAGAGAAGCUCACGCUGACCAGAGUGUCACCAUCCUGCACGCCAAGGUUCAAGUGUGAUUUUUCAAUCAACCGCAGGUUCUUCUGUCCUCCUCCGUGUGUUUACAUUAGCGGCCAUGGGUGGAGAGUCAUGCAGGAGCAUCUCAAAGCGUCAGGCUUCGGAGACUCAGCGUAUCGACUGUGUGGUUACAUGUGUCUGGACAGCUGCAGUCAGUCACAGGCCGACACCUUCAAGCUGGUGUUUGAUGAGCAGCCUCACUCCAGGCAGAUGUUCGCCUGUGCCAAGUCUCUGUUCAUCUCUGACCAGGACAAGAGGAAGCACUUCUGCCUCCUGCUCAGACUCUUCCUGGGGAACAGACAGGAAGUGGGCUCGUUUCAGAGCAGGAUGAUCAAAGUCAUCUCCAAACCCUCACAGAAGAGACAGUCCAUGAAGAACGCUGACUUGUGUAUCUCGUCGUGCUCCAGAGUGGCUCUCUUUAACCGUUUGCGCUCUCAGACGGUCAGCACGCGGUACCUCUCCGUGGACAGAGGAGCCUUCAUAGCCAGUGCCAGACACUGGAGCGCCUUCACCAUCACGCUGGUGGAGGACCAGCGAGCCGAGCAUGGAGACUUUGUCCUGAGUGAGGGUUUCAUCUGUUACGGCUGUGUGGUCCAGUUAGUGUGCACGGAGACCGGAGUGGCUCUGCCACCAAUGGUGAUUCGUAAAGUCAACAAGCAGCACGCCAUCCUGGACGUAGACGAGCCGGUCUCUCAGCUUCAUAAGUGUGCCUUCCAGUUCAGAGACGAUCCCCACUCCUACCUGUGUUUGUCCAACGACGCCAUCAUACAGUACCAGGCCCAGUCCAGCAUCAGAGACCCGAGCAGAGUGGUUCUGAAUGACGGAUCCUGUUGGACCAUCAUUGGAGUGGAAGCAGUGGAAUAUACCUUUAACCAGGGUCUGGCCUGCAUCCAGACACCAGUCACUCCAUUUCCUGUGAUCGCUGGUUUAGAGGUGAACGGUGGAGGACACGUCGCCAUGUUGGAGAUCAGUGGAGAAAACUUCAGCCCUCACCUCAAAGUCUGGUUCGGAAACAACGAGGCUGAGACCAUGUUCAAGUCUCCUAAAUCUCUGCUCUGUGUCGUUCCUGACGUCUCUGCCUUCACUGACAGUUGGCGCUCUCUUCGACGCAUCAUCACCGUCCCUCUGUCUCUCAUCCGAUUGGACGGCCUGAUCUACCGCACACACUUCAGUUUCACCUUCACCCCCGAGCUGCAGCCGCCGCCGUCUGUCCGAGGAGCAGCAGGAGGAGGGAAGAGAGACGGGGGGAUGGAGGGAGGAGAGGAGGACGACGUGCUGUUAGAGACCAUCCAUCAGGAGUUUACCAGAGCCAACUUUCACCUCUUCAUGCAGACGUAGCUCAGCUGAUGGUGGAGCGGGAUUAUCAGCAGGAAAUCUGGUUUACUGGUUCAGGAUUAAAGCUGAUGGUUGGUCAGCGGCGUGAUACAGAACAUUUUGAUUUCAUUACAACAGAUGGUUCAUGAUUAAACAUUAAACUAAAGAAUUAUAUCCAUAAUCAGGACUGAUGUAAUAUAUGCACUCUUACAGACAGACCAUGGACAGGAGUGUAGCUCUUUGUUCGGUAGCUGGAUGCUAACACAUGAUGGGAAUUUCCAGGAUAAACAGCAUUUUAAGUCAUUUUAACUUUAUGGAUUAUCUGUUUUACUUGAUUGAAGGCAUUGUGUUUUUUACUUCAGAGUUGUGAUCACAGGUGACAGGUCAGCCAGGGGGGUUCAGGCUGAUGUGCCUGACUCAGACUUUCUGAUUUGAUGAUUAUGGAAAACUUGAACUGCUUUGGAAAAAGAAGCUUUAUUUGUAGCAGAUUGUAUCUGCAAAGCCUGGAAGAAAAGGUACAUUGUUAUAUUUAAUACUUAGCUGUUAAAGGAACAUGCAGUGUA